CUCGCCGGCUCCCGCAGCGGCUCGCGUCGCUUGCUCGGCCAGGCUGCUUCGCUCCCGCCCCUGGACGUCUGGCUCCUCGCAAACAACUUUGCGACAGGCCCGGAGGCGUCGCGGCGCCGCGAGUGGCCCGCUCACGGACGGGAUGGACUCCGGCGCCCCCCCUGCCAGCCCCUCUGGCCCACAGCCGCAGCCACCAAUGCAGCCCCAGGCCCGCUCACGGCUCAAUGCCACUGCCUCGGUGGAACAGGACAAGAGUGAGGUGCCCCGAGCUCCUGGACCCCAAGUUGGCCCUGGACCAGAUGUGGGAGACACAGCUGCCCCCACUGUGGCCCGGGUCCCGAGUGCUCGGAGCCGAGAAAGAGCGGACCGAACAGGGCCCGUGAAGGGAGAUGUGGAAGUGCCCUUUGAAGAAGUCCUGGAGAAGGCCAAGGCGGGGGACCCCAAGGCACAGACGGAGGUGGGGAAGCACUACCUGCAGCUUGCGGGUGCCGUGGACGAGGAGCUGAACAACUGCACCGCCGUGGGCUGGCUGAUCCUCGCCGCGAAGCAGGGCCGGCGCGAGGCCGUCAAGCUUCUUCGCCGGUGCCUGGCGGACAGGAAAGGCAUCACUUCUGAGAACGAGCAGGAGGUGAAGCAGCUCUCCUCCGAGACAGACCUGGAGCGGGCUGUGCGCAAGGCCGCCCUGGUCAUGUACUGGAAGCUCAACCCCAAGAAGAAGAAGCAGGUGGCCGUGUCCGAGCUGCUAGAGAACGUUGGUCAGGUCAAUGAGCACGACGGAGGGGCACAGCCAGGCCCGGUGCCCAAGUCCCUACAGAAGCAGAGGCGGGUGCUGGAGCGCUUGGUUAGCAGCGAAUCUAAGAGCUACAUAGCGCUGGACGACUUCGUGGAGAUCACCAAGAAGUAUGCCAAGGGCAUCAUUCCCGCCAACCUGUUCCUGCAGGACGAUGAUGACGACGAGCUGGCGGGCAAGAGCCCCGAGGACCUGCCCCUGCGGCUGAAGGUGGUCAAGUACCCCUUGCACGCCAUCAUGGAAAUCAAGGAGUACCUGAUCGACAUGGCCUCCCGGGCGGGCGUGCACUGGCUGUCCACCAUCGUCCCCACCCACCACAUCAACGCCCUCAUCUUCUUCUUGAUCAUCAGCAACCUGACCAUCGACUUCUUCGCCCUCUUCAUCCCGCUGGUCGUCUUCUACCUGUCCUUCGUCUCCAUGGUGAUCUGCACCCUCAAGGUGUUCCAGGACAGCAGGGCCUGGGAGAGCUUCCGCACCCUCACGGGCCUGCUCCUGCGCUUCGAGCCCAACCUGGACGUGGAGCAGGCCGAGGUGAACUUCGGCUGGAACCACCUGGAGCCCUACCUGCACUUCCUGCUGUCCGUCGUCUUCGUCAUCUUCUCCUUCCCCAUCGCCAACAAGGACUGCAUCCCCUGCUCGGAGCUGGCCGUCGUGUCCAUCUUCUUCACCGCCACCAGCUACAUGAGCCUGAGCGCCUCCGCCGAGCCCUACACCCGGAGGGCCCUGGUGACCGAGGUGGCCGCCGGCCUGCUCUCCCUGCUGCCCGCGCUGCCCUUCGACUGGCGCCACCUGAAGCUCCUGGGCCAGACCUUCUUCUCCGUGCCCGUCGGCCCGUUCGUCGUCCUGAACGCCAGCCUCCCCUGCCUGCUCUACGUCUACCUGCUCUAUCUCUUCUUCCGCAUGGCACGGCUGAGGAACUUCAAGGGCACCUACUGCUACCUGGUGCCCUACCUGGUCUGCUUCAUGUGGUGCGAGCUGUCUGUGGUCAUCCUGCUCGAGUCCACCAGCCUGGGGCUCGUCCGCGCCUCCAUGGGCUACUUCCUCUUCCUGUUCGCCCUCCCGAUCCUGGCGGCCGGCCUGGCGCUGAUGGGCCUGGUGCACUUUGCCCGCUGGUUCCUGUCCCUGGAGCUCACCAAGAUCACCGUCACCGUGGUGGUGUGCAGCGUGCCCCUGCUGGUCCGCUGGUGGACCAAGGCCAGCUUCUCGGUGGUGGACAUGGUCAAGUCGCUGACGCGCAACUCCAUCGUCAAGCUCAUCCUGGUGUGGAUCUCGGCCAUCGUGCUCUUCUGCUGGUUCUACGUGUACCGGUCGGAGGGCAUGAAGGUGUACAACUCCACGCUGACCUGGCAGCAGUACGGCUUCCUGUGCGGGCCCCGCGCCUGGAAGGAGACCAACAUGGCCCGCACCCAGAUCCUGUGCAGCCACCUGGAGGGCCACCGGGUCACGUGGACGGGCCGCUUCAAGUACGUCCGGGUGACGGAGAUCGACAACAGCGCCGAGUCGGCCAUCAACAUGCUCCCGUUCUUCAUCGGCGACUGGAUGCGCUGUCUCUACGGCGACGCCUACCCCGCCUGCAGCCCCGGCAACACGUCCACGGCCGAGGAGGAGCUCUGCCGCCUCAAGCAGCUGGCCAAGCACCCCUGCCACAUCAAGAAGUUCGACCGCUACAAGUUCGAGAUCACGGUGGGCAUGCCGUACAGUGGCACCAACGGCUCCCGCAGCCCGGAGGAGGACGACGUCACCAAGGACAUCGUGCUGCGGGCCAGCGGCGAGUUCAAGGACGCGCUGCUCGGCCUGCGCCAGGGCAGCCUCAUCGAGUUCAGCACCGUCCUCGAGGGCCGCCUGGGCAGCAAGUGGCCCGUCUUCGAGCUCAAGGCCAUCAGCUGCCUCAACUGCAUGGCCCAGCUGUCACCCGCCAGGCGGCACGUGAAGAUCGAGCGCGACUGGCGCAGCACCGUGCACGGCGCGGUCAAGUUCGCCUUCGACUUCUUCUUCUUCCCGUUCCUGUCGGCCGCGUGAGUGCGCGGCCCCCGCCGAGGAGCUGUCAGUGCGUGUCACGGUCAGGACCUGACCCCGUGUGGCCCCCCCAGCCAGACGGCACGACACUAACGCUGAGUGUAUGUGUGUGUGUGCGUGCGUGUGCGCGUGUGCAGACGCAGUGCUUGGAGACCCCGUCACGUGCAGCCUGCUCACACCCCCGAGAGCGCCAGCUCUGUGCCCCCAGGACGCCCGGCGUCGUGGGAAUUGCAUGCAUGGCGUCGACCCACGGUGCCGACCUCGCAGAGCGAAGCUGGCGUCCCGCCCCGAAGAGCACUUUACAGAUGAGCUGCUUCCGUCUCCACUUCCAAGACCCCCUCGCCGGCCGUUUCCUUUUGUGUCGGAUUUGUUUUUCAAAGAACCACACGUGCUGCUGGGUGAAGUCGGUGAUGGCAUUUCUUAUUUAUUCGGUCCCUGCGUAGCCUUGACAGCUGUUCGCAGGUCUGGGGCCGACGCAGGGCUGCCUGAGCCUGUCAGCCCCUGAUCCUGGUGCUCGGAGGUGGGGAGGCGGCGGCUCUGGGCAGGGCGUGUUCGUGGGGAGCUCUGGCUCCCACAGCCCGCCACGCGCUCUCCUGUCGAGCGGGUGGGUGAGUUCAUGAGGGUCUGGAUGCAUCCACGGGAACUAGGAAAUGGGAAGAAUCUGGAGUGUGGAGCGCUCAGAAAAGCCUGGCCACGUUCCGUACUGGGAAGCAGAAAGUGAAGGUCCGAAAGCAGCCAAAAUAAACGUUUCAUGAAAUCUACUGUUUG